CAUGAAGGUGUUCGUUGUCACACUCGUGCUGGCGCUCGUCGCCACCGCAUACGGUGGUUACAUAAGCAGCGGCGGUGGUUAUGGCGGCUUCGGCGGCGGCAGCAGUGGAUGGAAGCUCGGUGGCGGAGGUGGAUACGGCGGCGGUGGUUACGGUGGCGGUGGCUAUGGCGGCGGAGGUGGCGGAUGGAAGUUCGGCGGUGGUGGAUUUGGCGGCGGCAGCGGCGGCGGUUAUGGUGGCGGUGGAAAGAUCAUCAAAGUGAUUGCGGUUAGCGACGGUGGAUACGGAGGUGGCGGCGGAUACGGCGGCGGCGGCGGUGGAUGGAAGUUGGGUGGCGGAGGUGGAUACGGCGGCGGUGGAUACGGCGGUGGAUACAGCGGUGGAUACAGCGGUGGAUACAGCGGUGGUAGCAGCGGCUGGAAGCUCGGUGGUGGAAGUAGUGGAUUCGGCGGAGGUGGAUGGAAAUUAGGCGGAGGUGGCGGAUACGGUGGUGGUGGAUACGGCGGCGGUGGAGGUUGGUGGUAAUACUCACGGCAAACAGUAGUGCUCACGAACAAACGGAGCAAAAUUCGCUCGCCGAUCAUCCGUGUAUCUCGGCCCGUAAGCAUCGAUCGUCGUCGAUAAGGAAAUCAAUUCGCGUUUGGCUUCUCUGCCCUUCCGAUCUUCGUCAAUCCGCCAUCGGAAGGUUAAAAUGCCAAAAUCGGAACGUCGCGUAAGGCAGAAGCAAACUGCGGUUGUCCGGUACAUCGCCGAAUAAAUCUGCAAGAGAAAACGUCACAGCGUCCAACGCAUGUAUGAGACAUCUCAUCUCUGUUACCCUUCAUCGCCAAGCACAGGGAUAUCUCUUGGAAACAGCGAACGAUAUCGUCGCCUCGCUUCCGGCCAUUCAAACAUGCCGCCGUGUCGUCUAGGCGAAACGACUUCCUUCUCGACGGCACAUUUUCCCCCCACGUCCCGCCGCUCGCCAUCCCGUUUAUCCCACACAAUUCGGAAAAUCGGCGAGCGUUCCAUUUACGAGCGAAUCGUACGCCCUGAUAUUUCAAUCCCGCUUCCACGUAUAAACAUUCUCCCACUGACCUCACCCCUCCCGUUUACUUAACCCGCGCUCUCUUUCGAGGAUCGAACGCGUCAGAGCAAGGCACCCUCACGAGCACGACAUUUAGCCUAUUACAAACACGUAGCGCAAAAUCCCAUGUAAUUCCCCGGGUAUUACCCCGGAUGCCUCGAACACGAGCGAGCAGAAGUGACUGCGGGAAAAUUACACCUGGUGCAAAAAAAAAAAGCGCAGUGAUCCAUUCCACGCACACUUUUCUCUUUUCCUUUAUUGUCUGGACCAUUCCACGAUUCAGCGAUCCACAAUAAACGAGUCAUAUUGAUAGAAUAA